CAAUGUCAAGUCAAUCAGAAUUUGUCAAUUGUCAUUAAUCAGAAAAAAUAACAAUUUUGUUUAAGGAUUCGUCAAAACAUGGUUCAUAAAUAAAAUAGAUAUUUUGUUAUUGUCGAUUACAUAAAAUUCGUAAUAUGGGCUUCUUGACGAUUUUGAAGAAACUGCGACAGAAGGAAAAAGAAAUGAGGAUCCUAAUGUUAGGUUUAGAUAAUGCUGGCAAGACAACAAUACUAAAGAGGUUUAAUGGUGAACCAAUUGAUACUAUAUCACCAACUCUUGGCUUCAAUAUAAAAACUCUUGAACAUAAAGGGUACAAACUCAAUAUUUGGGAUGUUGGUGGCCAGAAAUCAUUAAGAUCAUACUGGAAGAAUUACUUUGAGAGCACAGAUGGUGUGGCAUGGGUAGUGGAUAGUGCUGAUGCACGGAGACUUGCGGACUGCGCAAGAGAACUGCAUUCAUUGUUGAGAGAGGAGAGGUUAGCAGGCGCCACACUAUUGGUGCUUGCUAACAAAGCUGAUCUACCCGGUGCAUUGACUUUGCAGGAGAUACGAGAAGCAUUAGACUUGGACAGCAUCAAGACUCAUCACUGGCGCAUAGUUCGCUGCUCCGCUGUCACUGGGGAGAAUCUUCUCGAUGGAAUGGACUGGAUGCUUGAUGAUAUUGCUUCCAGAAUAUUUACAUUAGACUAGUUAGUCUACUUUUUACUCGACUGACUGAGAAGUUCUUGGCACACAUGUAUGAGAGUUUGUAUGUAAGAAUUGAACCCAUUUUGAUGAUUUUGAGUCGUCAUUUGGUUUUUAAUCUUUUCCAGAGUGUUAAUGGCAGUUUUGUUUGUCAGUCGGGUUAUCUAGCUUUUUUAUAUUUAAAUUAAUAUACAUCUUCAAUAUAACUUUUACAUAAGGCUACUUGUAUAGCCUUUAUUUACAAUCUGUGACAAAAGUAUGCUUGAUAAUAUUUAUGCACAGUUUAUGCUUAAAUUUAUCAAUUUUAAUUAACUAAUCCGCACUUGGCCUGUGUGAUUGACUAUGGCCUAGUCACCCAUAACUUAGGGUAGGAUCCAAACCCCUCAGUGGGGAUGUAUAGUGAGCUGAUGAAUUAAUCCAUUUUAUGUUUACCAUGAUAGUAAUCUGCAUUUUCCAGAGAUAUUUUAAAGUUCCUGUUCCGAUGGGGUUGGGAAAUACAAACAAAAUAAAAAAGUGUAUGUUUUUAUUCACUCAUAUGUCUAUUAUAAAUUAUAGCAACAUCUCAACACUGCAAAAUGGAUCUGUGAUUUGUAAAUGUGUAUUUAUUUCCGCUUUAAUAAACUUUUUAAUACAAAAAGUUCUAUAAUUUUA